AAAUAUGAGAUGCCAACCCAAAUAGAAGUAGUAGUUCUUGAGUUUUUCAGUGACUCUAGUUGUACUUUGUUUCUUUUUUGUCAAAAAGAAAAAGAAAAAGAAAGAGAAAAGAAAAAGAAAAAGAAAGAGAAAAGCAAAAUAUCAACCAAAAGAUAGUUGAACACCAAUCUCCAUUAACGAGAUACAGCACCAGAGCACAGCCGCCAUUUUUGAGCGGAAACUUCUUGAACACCAAUCUCCAUUAAUGAAUCCAAAAACAUCAUCACAAAAGUUGCAGACUGACAAAUAACAACAAUAACGCCGCCAUUUUUUGUGCUUAGUGCCAAUAUUGCUCCCAAUCACUCCAACUCGUAACUCACUGCUCUCAGUUCUAGUUUGUCGAUUAUGGAAUUCGGAUUUGUUAAUUGUUGCUGUGGUUGCCUUCUAUUAAAGAUUCAACAAGCUCUCUAUUGAGUGCGCUGCUCUCAGACUCCUCUCUCUUCUCUCUCCUCUCUCACUGUGCAAAGUGCGAACGACGACUACCGAGAUUCGACUUCCGGCGAAACCAGUGAGGGGUGCCGACCGCCGUCGCUGCGACGCUGCCUGAGCCAGACGCAUGUUCGCCUUCGCGAAUCGCGACCCAGACUGCCAGACAUCAAUUCGAACUCGUUCGAAUCUUGACAAUGGUGCAACUAUUACCAUGACAGCAAUGAUAUGUAAAUUUAUGAAGACACAAGAUACAAUCUGAAGAAAUGAUCAAUAAUGUUGUUUCUGAAAUUUGUAAAGCAAAGAAGAAGGGUGUUUUUUGCACCAUUCUCUUCGCUUACAAAUUUUUUCUCAAUCCCAAUCAAAUCUCGUUCUUCUCACCAAUUUUUUUUACAACCGUCAUCUGGAAUUUCUAUACCGCAUUCAAAGACCAAUGUGUAUGCCUCCCUUUUUUGCUCCCUCAUUCAUUUAUUUUUAUCGUGUGGACAUCCCUCUCGAGCUUCCCAAGCAUUUACCUUCAUGCGAUCAAAUGGAGUAGCUCCAUCAAGUUUGCGCUCAUGGAAUCACCUCCUACGGGACUUUCAUAACUUUGGCAUGGUUUAUCAGGUGUGGCUCGUCUAUUCGGAGAUGCUGGCUUGCGGGGUAAUGCCUAAUGUCUUCACUCGUAACAUAUUAAUCCACACUCUAUGCAAUUUGGGCAUGUUGGAUUCUGCUCUUCACUUUUUCGGGACUCUUGAUGAAGCUGAUACUGUCACCUAUAACACUCUCAUGAGGGGGUUCUGCUUGCAACACCUGCCACUGCAAGCCUUGGGAUGCUUGACUCAUAUGGUUAAGAAGGGUAUUCCUAUUGAUAGUUGUACUGGAAAUAUUUUGAUCAAGGGUUUAUGUGAUGUUGGAUUGCUGGGAUAUGCGGAAGAGGUCCUGAAUACUUUACUUAACUACAAUGGUUGUGAUGUUGAUAGUCAUCUUGAUGUUAUGAGCUUUAACACCUUGAUUCAUGGCUACUGCAAGGCUGGCAUGAUGCGUAAUGCUUUUCAAGUUAUGGAAGAUAUGAAGAAGGUGGGUUUACCACCUGACAUAAUUACUUAUAAUAGUCUAGUUUAUGGGUUCUGCAAGAUUGGGGAUUUUUCUGAAGCCAAGAAUCUAUUGAAUGAGAUAUGGGAUUCACAGUUUGGUGAACAGUCUCUGUCAGGCAUGGAGAACAUCCAGGGCGAUGCAAAGAAAGCAAGUGUGGCAGUACUGCAACCCAAUGUGACUACAUACACAAUAUUAAUCACUGCAUACUGCAAACAAGAAGCAAUACAGGAAGCACUGGCUUUAUAUCAGGACAUGGUUAAUGGUGGAAUCUUUCCUGAUGUAGUUACAUAUACUUCCAUUAUAAGUGGCCUUUGCAGGAGUGGAAGGUUAGCCGAGGCACAGGUUCUUUUUAAGGAGAUGAAGCAAAUGGGAAUAGAACCCAAUCACGUGUCAUCAUCUACCAUAAUUGAUGCAUUCUUCAAAGAUGGAAACCUAUUUGGCGCACUUGCCUUCCUAAGUCAGAUGGUAGCUCGUGGUUUAUGUCUUGACCUUGUCUUAUAUACAAGUAUAAUGGAUGGACUUUUCAAAGCUGGAAAACCGAAAGAGGCUGAAGACAUGUUAAAGAUGCUUUUAACUUGUCACAUGAGACCCAAUCAGAUUACCUAUUCUGCACUAAUUGAUGGUCGUUGCAAGCUAGGAGACAUGAAGAAUGCUGAAUCCAUGCUGCAAGAGAUGGAGGGUACAGGUGUUCCUCCAAAUGUCAUCACCUACACAUCUAUGAUGAAUGGUUAUGUUAAGGAAGGAAUGCUCGAGAAAGCUUUUGGACUCAUGAGGAAGAUGGUGCAGAAAAAUGUGCUUCCUAAUUCCAUAACUUAUGGUACUCUAAUACAUGGAUGUGUUAUGGCAGGGAAGCAGGAACUUGGCUUGGAUCUGUGCAAAGAAAUGAAACUGCAAGGUCUAGACGAGAAUACUUUUAUACUGGAUACGUUUGUGAAUACUUACAAAAGAAGCCAAAAGAUGGAUGAGGCAAUGGAGCUGAUUAAGGAGGUCGUGUCAAGAGGCCUGUCGCUUGAUCGUAUCAACUACACAAAUUUGAUGGAUGGCUACUUUAAGCUGGGCAAUGUUUCUGCUGCUCUUAAUCUGGCCCAAGAAUUUACUGAAAAAGGUUUAGGUUUUGAUAUUGUUGCAUUUAACGUUUUGAUGAGUGGUCUUUUGAAACAUGGAACAUAUGAACCGGAAUCUGUGUAUGGCGGACUGAAACAGUUUAAUUUGGUUGCGGAUUCUGCUACUUACAACACGAUGAUCCAUGCCUACUGUAAGGAUGGAAGAGUAGCAGAGGCUCUUAAGCUGUGGUCUGAAAUGAAGAACCAUGGGCUAAUGCCCAAUCAAAUUACAUGUAAUAUUCUUGUUACAGGGUUGUGUAAAUUUGAGAAAUUGGAUCAAGCAAUAGAUUUGCUGAAUCAAAUGUCAGCUAUUGGUUUUUGCCCAACAUCCAAUGUGCACAGAGUUGUCCUUGCUGCAGCUUCAAAGAUCAGAAGAGCAGGCGUGAUCUUGCAGAUUCAUGAGCAGCUCCUAGCCAUGGGACUUGAGGAAAAUUGUGCAAGCUAUAACACUCUCAUCAAUGUCUUAUGCAGGCUGGGAAUGACAAAGAAGGCUUCUACCGUUUUGAUAAACAUGAAGAAGAGGGGCAUACUGGCUGAUAUUGUCACUCAUAACAGCUUUAUACUUGGAUAUUGCAAAAGUAGCCAUAUAAAGAAAGCAUUUGCAACAUAUUCUCAAAUGCUAAGCGAGGGGCUGUCCCCAAAUAUAGUCACUUACAACACUCUGCUUGAUGGUGUUUUUUCUGCAGGUUUAAUGAGAGAGGCAGCGAGAUUAAUCGGUGAAAUGAAAGAAAGAGGACUUUCACCUAAUGCUGUGACUUACAAUACUUUGGUCUCUGGGUAUGCAAAGAUGAGCAACACAAAGGAGUCUAUCAGACUUUACUGUGAAAUGGUUUGCAAAGGUUUCAUCCCCACUACUGCUGCCUACAAUAGACUCAUCCACCAGUUUACCCUGUUGGGAAAGAUGAGCCAGGCUAGAGAACUUAUGAACGAGAUGCAAGUUAGAGGCAGAUCACCUAAUGCAUCAACUUACGACAUACUCAUAAGCGGCUGGUGCAAUUUGUCCAAUCAAGCAGAGCUUGAAAAAAUGUUAAAACGGUCAUACACAAACGAGGCUAUGAAAUUUGUGAAAGAAAUGACUGAUAAAGGGUUGGUUCCAGGUGAAAGCACCAUCUCUUCUAUCUGUCGCACUCUUGCGAGAUCAGGUAAGAAAGCUGCUGCUCUGAGAUUGAAGGAGCAUUAUGAUAGAAGAAACAAAAAUAGUCCAAGCGAUGAGGAGUAGCUUAAAAAUGUUAUUGUAGGUCGGUCUCUCUGACAUUUUUGGAGCCUUAUCUAACUAGAUACCUAACCUGACCAUGAUGGGGAGAGAACAGAAACAAUUGCAUAAUAAUAGUCCUCCAAAAGGUCAGGGAUUUCUUUGGAAAGGCACCACCCUAUACAUGUGAUUCAAAAUCAUUUGUCAGGUCAGAUGCUGGUUGGGUGAAGCCAUGAAGGUCUGCCUUCUUUUCAUGAAAGGCUACUCUUCGUUCCUUAACGAGAAUUAAGUUGAAUGAGCUGCAUGCUCUGAUUUUCAAGGAUCUUAUAUUGUCUCUGUGGGUGUAGUACUAUCGGUUGGCUAAUAUAGAGUAUAUGCUUGUUGAGCAGUCGAUCCUAAUGCUGGAAGUACACCUGUCCCGUCUCAGAGAAAGAUGCUACGCAAUGUGACUGUUUCUGGAGAGAUCUCCUCGUGUGAAGUAAAUGUAUUUCAAAGCUUAGCGGAAGAAUGUAUCUGUAGAAGCACUAACAAUUGAAUCCAAACCUAAGCAAGAGGACAGUUGCACUCGUGAACUUUCGAAGCUUCGAAUGGAUGAAGCUAACGAAAUGAGCAAGAAAAAUAGCAUUGCAAGUGUACCUAGGAAGGUUUCAUACAACUUCUUAGUACUUUUUUCGUUUUCUUAAGCCGAAUUUUUCAUUUUCUACAACUCACCAUUUACCCGCAGUUGUCACUCAAUCCAUUCAAAUAGGGAAUUGGGCAUGUUUUGUUAACGUAGAAGACAACAAGAGAUACUGCUAAGUGUUAGAUGUUGAUUUUUUCCUUACUUUGUACUUGGCAUGAGUGGUGUUGUAUUUGUAUAGUAGUGCUCUAUGCGAGGGGGAAAACAAAUUUAGUUCUGUACUGUAUUAGUAAACGCCACUGCAAUCAGAGUAUGUUACAUGUAAAGCUGAAAGACAUUUUUGUAGUAUGACAACUACUUUUCAGAGAUGUUAUUCAAUAACUUUUUUAUGUA